AUGACAAGUACAAGCAUAUUCAAAGAGAAACUCAUCAAAAUAUUUGCUCCCUCUAUUUUCUAUGCAAUUCCACCGAUAUCUCUAAUUUGCCUAUACUUUUACUUUCACUCCUUUGCUCCAUUUUUCACUCCUAUCACUCACCAAUCCUCACUUUAUGCUUCUACGCCUAAAGAAAGGGAAAAAAUUAAUGGGAACACAUGUGACUAUUCAAAUGGCACAUGGAUUCAUGACAAUAGAUCUCUUUUGUAUGAUGGAACAACAUGUAAGAUCAAGAAAAGUCAAAAUUGCAUCUUGAAUGGAAGACCUAACUCAAGCUACCUUGAUUGGAGAUGGAAACCAAGUGAGUGUAAUCUUCCAAUUUUUGAACCAAACACUUUUCUCAAACUUAUCAACAACAUGCACAUAGCUUUUGUUGGAGACUCUUUAGCUAGGAACCAAAUUGAGUCACUUAUUUGCUUAUUAUCCACUUCUUCAAAACCUAAACGUGUCCACCAUCCAGGCUCUAGAAAGUGGUACUUUGCUUCUCAUAAUGCAACCUUGUCAUUCUAUUGGUCACCAUUUCUUGUGAAGGGAGAUCAAAGAAAACCCAAAGGGCCAAAUUAUAAUACAAUAUAUUUGGAUCAUGUAAAUGAGAGAUGGUUUAGGGAUAUAGAUCAAAUGGACUUGAUUGUGUUAUCAUUGGGUCAUUGGUUUAUGUUUCCUUCAAUUUACUAUGAAGGUGAUUUUGUUAUAGGUUGUUUAAAUUGUCAUGGCCUUAAAUUUAAUUACACUGAUAUUGGCUUUUAUGGUCCACUUAGAAAAGCUUUAAGGACUUCCAUUAAUAGUAUAAUUGAGAGGAAAAUUUCUAAUGGGAAUGGAAUUGAUGUGAUUGUAAGAACAUUUUCACCAUCUCAUUUUGAAGGUGAAUGGGAUAAGGGAGGCACUUGUUCAAAGAGUGAGCCAUAUAGAAAUCAGGAGAGGAAACUUGAAGGAGUGGAUGCUGACAUAAGAAGUAUUCAGAUAGAGGAAUUGGAAAAUGCUAAGCCAAAAGCAAAACAAUUUGGACUUAAUUUGGAACUGCUUGAUAUAACAAAAUUAACAUUAUUGAGAUCAGAUGGUCAUGCAGGUGCUUAUAUGAAUCCAUUUCCAUUUGCUAAUGGAAUUCCGAAGUAUAUACAAAAUGAUUGUGUUCAUUGGUGCUUACCAGGAGUUGUAGAUACUUGGAAUGAGAUUUUUUUGGAAAUGAUAAAUAAGGGAAAAGACCAUCUAAAAGUUGAAAAGUGA